AAACCUUCCAUACACAUUUCUUCUUUUCUUCUUACUCCUUUAUUACUUCCAUCUCUCUACUCUUCUACACCUUGUUGGCCGCUUACUGAAAACUGACCUGGUUCAUUGAGAGUUCUUCAAGAAAUUUAGUCAUGGCUUCGGCUGCUCUAUCCGUUGCCAAUUCAUCCCUCCAGGUCAGUAAUAAGGGAUUCUCUGAAUUCGCGGGGCUUCGCAGUUCCUCACUUCCAUUUGCAAGGAAAGCAAAUGAUGAUUUGCUCUCAGUUGUAGCAUUCCAAACCUCAGUUAUAAGUGGAGGCAAGAACAAGAGGGGAGUUGUGGAAGCUAAACUGAAAGUGGCCAUCAAUGGAUUUGGGAGAAUUGGAAGGAACUUCUUGAGGUGCUGGCAUGGCAGGAAGGACUCUCCUCUUGAUGUAGUAGUCAUCAACGACACCGGAGGUGUGAAGCAAGCCUCUCACCUUCUCAAGUAUGACUCUACUCUUGGAAUCUUUGAGGCUGAUGUCAAGCCUGCUGAUGAAGGCAUAUCUGUCGAUGGGAAGGUCAUUAAAGUUGUAACAAACCGCAAUCCUGUCAAUCUCCCCUGGGGGGAAAUGGGCAUUGAUCUCGUGAUAGAAGGAACUGGAGUGUUUGUUGAUAGAGAAGGUGCAGGUAAGCACAUUCAGGCUGGAGCUAAAAAGGUGCUGAUUACAGCCCCUGGAAAAGGUGACAUUCCCACCUAUGUGAUUGGUGUGAAUGCUGAAACUUACAACCCUGAUGAGACAAUCAUCAGCAAUGCUUCUUGCACCACCAACUGCCUUGCACCUUUUGUCAAAGUUCUUGAUCAAAAAUUCGGCAUCAUCAAGGGAACUAUGACAACAACACACUCCUACACCGGAGACCAAAGACUUCUUGAUGCAAGCCAUAGGGAUCUUAGACGUGCAAGAGCAGCAGCUCUCAACAUAGUUCCAACUUCAACUGGUGCAGCAAAAGCAGUGGCACUUGUCCUUCCAAAACUCAAGGGAAAGCUCAAUGGCAUUGCACUUCGUGUGCCAACUCCAAAUGUCUCGGUUGUAGACCUUGUCGUUCAGGUUGAGAAGAAGACAUUUGCUGAAGAAGUGAAUGCAGCAUUCAGGGAGGCUGCUGACAAGGAGCUAAAUGGUAUUCUAUCUGUGUGUGAUGAGCCACUUGUCUCAGUGGACUUCAGAUGCACUGAUGUUUCUUCAACAGUUGAUGCUUCAUUGACAAUGGUCAUGGGAGAUGACAUGGUAAAGGUUAUUGCUUGGUAUGACAAUGAAUGGGGUUACUCACAGAGGGUGGUUGAUUUGGCUGACAUUGUUGCAAACAACUGGAAAUGAGAGCUUCAAUGGUCUGUCAAUGUACAAUUUUUUUCCUUUUUGGCCGAUGCUUGUAGAUUUUUAUCUCCAUUUUCACAUUGUAACCAGAGACUAAACAUUUCAUUUUGGUAUAACAUCAGCAAGAAAGUUCUUAUGAAUCCUUGACGCCUUGGACAUUGUUGUAAAGCAUUUUGCUGUUACUGUAAUUCAUAAAAUUCUUCUCUUCUGUUGCC